AUGUCGCCAACUACUCCAUUAUGUCCAAACCUUCCUAAAGGUUUUUCUGAUUCUUGCCUAACUCUCAUCAGUCAAGGAGCCGAGGCUUUUCUACUCAAAACUACUUUCCUUACCCCUAAUAUUCCGGCCGCAUUAAAGUUUCGCCCAUCCAAAGUCUACCGACAUCCAACACUUGAUGCUCGUCUCAAAAAGCAUCGCAUACUUUCCGAGGCACGUAUUCUUACAAAGUGUCGAACUCUAGGUGUCCCUGUACCAACAGUUUACGCACUCGACGAAAAGGAUGGCUGGUUGAUGAUGGAGUGGGUUGAGGGUAAAAUUGUACGGACUUGCAUCAAUGAAUGGUUAUCAGAACACAUGGAGACCGACCUGACUGAACUCCAAAGUUGUGGCGAAGGUCUUCAAAAAUUCCUACGUAAAAUAGGAAAUAUAAUAGGAAAGAUGCAUUUUAUCGGUGUUGUACAUGGAGACUUAACUACCAGCAAUAUAAUGCUGAAUCCUAAAAGUAUUGAGGAUAAUGAUAGUCGUGGAGACGAAAGAUUAGAAGGAAGCAUAAUGUUGAUAGAUUUCGGUCUGGCGAGCCAAAGUUUACAAGACGAAGAUCGGGCUGUAGAUUUGUACGUCCUCGAAAGAGCCUUUGGAAGCACCCAUCCACGCAUUCAGCAUCUCUUUGAGGAAGUAAUAAAGAGUUAUGGAACUAGCUACAAAGGAGCCGGAGUUGUUCUUAAGAAAUUGGAAGACGUGCGAAUGCGUGGUAGGAAAAAGAAUAUGAUAGGAUGA